AUGGCACGGACCCAAAACACCUCCGAAGAUCCAGGGGAAGUGGCCCCACGCUCUGGGGACAAAGCAGGGAACUGGACAUUCAUGGGGAGCAGCAGUGCUUGUGCAAUGCGUUGGCCAGACCCUGCUGCGUGGGAGGCAUGGCCCCGAAGUCCUGCUGGCCCCCCGUGCCUGGUGGAGAUCGAAGGCAGCCUGACAGAGAACAUCUGGGCCUUUGCUGGUCUCUCUAGGACCUGUGCCCUGGCCCUGCUUCGGAGGGACGUGGUUGGUGCCUUUCUGCUGUGGUCUGAGCCUGGUACCAGCAGCCAGUGGUGUCUGUCUGUACGAACACGGUGUGGUGUGGUACCCCACCAGGUCUUCCGGAACCACCUGGGCCACUACUGCCUGGAGCACCUGCCAGCACAGUUCCCCAGCCUGGAGGCCCUAGUGGAGAACCACGCUGGGAUAGAGCACAGCCUCUUCUGCCCCCUGGACAUGGGCCGCCUGAACCCCAUCUACGAGGGGCAGGACUGUGGGCCCGAGAGCAGGCCCCCCCGGAAUCUGAGGCCCCUCAGCCACGCCAAGUCUGAGGCAGAGCUGCUGGGCCUGGGUUAGAAAGUGGGUCCUGAUCACAGGCCAGCCUGGCCCUGGCUGUAGCCUCGGGAGCUGCUCCGCCCUUCUCACACCCCACCAGCCAGCUACCAGUUCAUCGGUCUCUGCCCCCAGACCAGUCUUCCAUCGCUUCACUGCCUGCUAUGGAGCCGCCCUGAGGUUGGGUGUGUGGCUUGCUGAGAUUCUAGGAGGAGCAGGUGGAGCUCCAGGCUUCCUGGAACUUCGGGGUGACUUCAGGGUGAUCCUUGUCUUAUUGGGUAACUUUGCUCCUUGCGCAGGAGCUUUUCAUGGGGAGCUGUGCAACCCCCUUCUGAGAAGGCCAGGCUUUGGGCCCUGACUGAGAGCCUCCAGAGAGCUCCUGAUAGGAAACCGGACCCAUGUGGGAAUGUGAGUCUGCCAUCUGGGCUUAUUCCCUCUGGCUCUUCACAGGGAGGGGCCAGUGCAGAGCUGCUCACCUAGCAGACCACAUUGGUUUGGUAGGUUUGGUGGCUGCCUCGGAAAGCCACCUGAUCCUGGUGUUCCCUUUGAUAUUGGCCUGGCCAUGGUGUCAGGGGCCACCUGUCUCAUCAGGUCAGUCCCAUGGGGAUGGGACAGAGCAGAGUCCCCAAAAGUAGAGCCCUGUCAGAGGGAGCUGGCCCUCAGCAGGCAGGGGAGAGCUGGGGAAGCCAUUCUAGUGGAAGGAGGUGCCUGAAGGCACCUGAUGAAUCCAUGCAUCGCCUUUGUAAAUUGCCUCGGCAGAUAAAUACAAAUCUCAGCCAAGUUCAUGUCAGAUGAAGUUGUAUUCCUGAGGUAAAGGCUGGGUUAUGAGACCAUCCUCUCUGCCGUCAGGGUGUGGGGUGUUCUGAUCAUUGCCUUGGAAGUGACAAACAGAUUGCUGACUCUGGGGAGGGAGAGGGCAGCCCCAACGGGACUGAGGGAAGGCGGACAUGCCUGAUGUUCCUAGCCGCCACCACCAGGACAUGGUCUUGGCUAGAGAAUCUGUCACUCUUUUUGGUAGUGGGGGUCAAACACAGGUGACAACUACAUCCCCAGCCCCCUGUCACUUUCUUUUGAAUCGGGUGCCACAGGGUUACAAGAAAUGUCUUUGGGGGGCUGUUUUUACUGGAAAUAUCGCACUGACUUCAUUCUGAAUAUGAGUGGCCAGCUGGAGCCCACCCUUCCUGGGCUCUGUGAGCUCAGAGAUUGCUGAUCUCUGGGGGAGGCUCUGGCCUCCCUCUACUGGCAGGGACAUGGGUUUGGGAAGUCCUGUACCUAGGAUGACAGCACCUGAGACUUCAGGAAGCCUGUCCAUUGGCCAGCACUUAGGCCAGGCUCACUCUUAGAGUUGCAGGGCCACUGUGGAAUCGCUGUGUGGAUAUUCAGCCUGUUCACAAUCCUCCUUGAGCGGCAUUUGUUGAUCAUGUGUUACAAAUAAGGCAAGAGGGCCUGGGAUUUAGCUCAGUGGUUCCGGCACCUGCUUUGCAAGCUCAGGGACCUGAGUUUGAUCCCUGGUACCAAAAAAACCCCAAACAAACAAAAAACAAAUAAGGCAAGGGUGUGGACUCCCCAUGUCUUAAUGACAGACCACAGUUUUGUCUUUGUUCCAACUAGCACCACCUAGGGAGCCCAACUUUCCUCACUGUGUGGACUGUGAGACAAAUAAAAUGCAUUUCUUCAGAA